GUAUACAAAUGCAAGAUAAGGCCCCAAUUCCGCUCAUUACGACGACUCGUACAGGUCGUGUUACACAUCGCCACGACUCGCACAGAAUCUCCGUCAUCUCCGGAACUGAAUAUUUCCAUAACGUGUGUUGUAUCUCCUGACUCCCAGAUGACUCGGUUGCUGCUGCUUCUGGCUCUGCCAGCGCUCUCUCUUGCCUAUUACGCUGACCAUGACUCCUGGCUGGUACAGGUUAAGGAUGAAAUAGGUCCGGGAUGCGUGAAGGGUAAACCUGAAUAUCCUGGCAUCCCCACUGAUAUUGGUGUGUGCCCAGCCAUCGACCUUCCGGAUCCUACAAUCUUCACCAACUGGCACGACUGUACCUCGUAUAUCUUGUGUGUAGAUGGUGAGCCCACUCUUGUGUGCUGUCCUGCUGAUGAGUACUGGGACAUUGCCAUGCAAAUCUGCGACGAUCUUCCCCAUGUCUAUUGUCCUCCCCGACCGAUUCUUCCUGAGAAAUCAACCACCACGACCACCACGACAACGACCACAACGACAACGACCACAACGACAACGACCACCAUGACGCCACCGCCACCUGAUUACAUUCCAGAGAAGUGCUCAUCAAUCCCUCUCAUCCCUCACGUAAAUCUACCCAUGGAAGAAAGCUGCUACUCCUACUACGAGUGCGACUAUGGGGAUGCUAUCAUCACGGAGUGUCCCAUGGAUGGCGACGAACAUAUGGUCUUCAACCCAGUCACUCAGGACUGUGACUACCCCUGGCACUACCCUUGUGAAGAUCACAUAAAUCAUUAAAUGCUAUUAUAAGUUUCCAUCUCUCUUCUCGUCUAUUCUUUCUCUCUUCUGCUCUUGUCUGCAGAUAGUCUAUUUUUUAUCUUUCGUUCUUCUUGGCUCCAUUCAUCUUUCUCACUCAGGAUUUCCCCUUCAUAGCAUGAUCUCUUGGGUUCUAGGAGCCAUGUAGACACUAAGAGUAGCACUGUUGUAUAGUCAGAAGUCACUGUUACCUUUAAAUAUAACUGCAUUCUUGGUAAGCCAACUAAGCCAAGUAGAAAAAUCCAUUUCCACGCACUCCAUGAAAUCCGAAAAAUUUCACUUAUUCAAGAUGAGUAAUCUUGAAUUUUGAGUGACGUGGAUCCCAAAGAAAUCCUCAGUAACCCAUAGAAGGAACCUGGGACAUAAGCCAUGUUAUCAAGAGUCCGAAGCAGGUCAGCUGGGAGCCUAUACGGGUGAUCUGGGAUAUUACACGAGACAACCUGUGUCCUGGACGAGCUACAUGGUAUCCUAAAUAAGUUGAACCCAGUUUCCUUGAAGCCAGUUGACCCUGCAUCCUUGUCAAGUUAUCAGGGGCUGGAGUCACCGCCAUCGAGCCGGGACUGUGGACUCUUGGUACCCACUGAAGUCUCCUCAUGUGGGAGAGAUUUUAGUCUCCACUGAAAAUAACUGAUGGAAACAGAGAAGUGUUAUUUAUAUCCAAAUAACAAGAGUUAUGUAAACCUUGAGCUGGAAAAUAUUUACCGAGUACUAAUUUGUACAUGUUUUACUUAAGUAAAUGUUAUUGUUCUAAAUAGUUGUAAUUUUUUAAAUUGCCUUAAUAUCUGCAUUAUAAUAAUCUCCAGUUCUGCUAAACUUUCCUUUUCAUUGCUUUUACUACAAUACAUUAAUAAGUGUG